UCUUUAAUGCACAGACCUACUUGAGCUUCGCAGAUUCGGAUUUACGACACUGCAUCUAUGUCAUGUUCAUAUGUCUUAUCUGGUCACACUGAAAUUGUUCUAUGCCUUGACACCUGUGUAUCAACUUCUGGGAGAACAUUCAUUGUAACUGGAAGUAAAGACAACAGUGUUAGGUUGUGGGAGUCAGAAAGUGCAAACUGCAUUGGAGUUGGUAUAGGUCAUAUGGGAGCUGUUGGAGCCGUCGCCUUUUCCAAAAGAAAGCGAGAUUUCUUUGUUAGUGGCAGUAGUGAUCAUACUCUUAAAGUGUGGAGUAUGGAUGGCCUCUCAGACAAUACGACAGUGCCUAUUAAUUUAAAAGCAAAAGCUGUUGUUGCAGCUCAUGAUAAAGAUAUCAAUUCUGUAGCAGUUGCUCCAAAUGAUAGUUUAGUGUGUAGUGGUUCUCAGGAUCGUACAGCUUGUGUUUGGAGACUUCCAGAUCUUGUAUCGGUUGUUGUGUUUAAAGGGCAUAAAAGGGGAAUUUGGUCAGUAGAAUUUUCUCCUGUCGAUCAGUGUGUUGUAACAGCAUCUGGUGACAAGACAAUAAGGAUAUGGGCUAUAUCUGAUGGCUCCUGUUUGAAGACAUUUGAAGGACACACUUCAAGUGUGUUAAGAGCAUUGUUUGUUACCCGUGGAACACAAAUUGUUUCCUGUGGUGCUGAUGGUUUAGUAAAGCUGUGGACUGUAAAAACCAAUGAAUGUGUUGCUACUUAUGAUCAUCAUGAAGAUAAGGUUUGGGCCUUGGCUGUAGGCAAAAAAACAGAAAUGCUUGCAACUGGUGGUGGUGAUGCUGUUGUCAAUUUAUGGUUUGAUUCCACUGCAGCUGACAAAGAAGAAGCUUUCCGUAAAGAGGAAGAAGGAGUUCUGAAAGGUCAAGAGCUAGAUAAUGCUGUCUCAGAUGCUGACUAUACGAAAGCAAUCCAAAUUGCAUUUGAACUGCGCAGGCCACAUAGGCUUUUUGAGUUAUUUUCCGAGCUUUGCAGCAGGAAGAGAGAGGCUGAAGAGCAUCUUGACAGAGCACUCAAGGGCUUGGGUGAUGAAGAGCUUCGCACAUUAUUUAACUAUGUUCGAGAAUGGAAUACAAAACCAAAACUCUGUUAUGUUUCACAGUUUGUACUUUUCAGAGUUUUCAGCGUCUUUCCUCCAACUCAUAUUGUUGAGAUUAAAGGGAUUGGUGAAGUUCUUGAAGGUCUUAUCCCUUAUAGUCAGAGGCACUUUGGCAGGAUAGACAGACUUGUUAGAAGUACAUUUUUGUUAGAUUUCAUUCUAUCAGGAAUGUCAGUUAUUGAACCAGAAGCUCAACCGACAGAAUCAAAGACCAAGUUACUGUUGCAGUCCGAUAUCCAUAUUCCGGACACAGAAAAUGUCAUCGAGGAGAGAGAUGACACUCCUGAAAUUACCGCUUCAAAGAAAAGGAAAUCAAAAAGAUCAAGACAUGGUUCACAUAAGAAAGUUAAGAAUGUAGCUUUCAAUAGGGUCGAGUCUAUACCACUACAGGCAUAGGAUUGGUGCUUUGGUCGUCGUCUAAUGUAUACAUAAUGUUUAUUGGUCUAUGGAAGAGCAGUUUUGAUUCAUCCAAAUUUUGAAAUCUUACCUUCAUUUGAUAAUAUGUAAGCGUAGCUACUGUAAUUGCAUCACUAUUGGUUAUUCGAGUAGAUUAGUUUUCCGGUCUGCCCUCAACAUGUUAUGGGAAUUCUGCUGUAUAACGAAAGAAAGUUAUUGUUCUUGAGAGACUGCUGAGGCGCUGUCACUGUUGUAUGAAAAAGGUAAUUCAAAGGAUUUACACCAAAUUUGACCCAC